CCUUCGACUGGAUUCAGAAUUUAGCUGUAAUGGCGAGUAAUGACGUGCUUCCACAAGUUUCUGUACAGGAGAAGAAUGAAUUCUUCGAUCAUUUGACACCGGAUUCUCAAGAACUACAUGUUCUCGCUGUUGACGAUAGCCUUGUCGAUCGAAAGGUUGUCGAACGGUUGCUCAAGAUCUCUUCUUGUAAAGUGACAGCAGUCGAUAGUGGGAGAAGAGCUCUGCAAUUUCUUGGAUUGGACGGGGAGAAGAGCUCUGUUGGAUUCGAUGGUUUGAAAGUGAAUAUGAUCAUAACCGAUUAUUGUAUGCCUGGAAUGACCGGAUACGAGUUGCUAAAGAAAAUCAAGGAAUCUUCGACUUUCAGACAGAUUCCAGUGGUGAUUAUGUCGUCAGAAAACAUCCUGGCGCGAAUCGAUAGAUGUUUGGAAGAAGGAGCAGAGGAAUAUAUAGUCAAACCAGUAAAGCUGUCGGACGUGGAACGUUUGAAAGAUCAUCUGACAAGAGUAGGUGGUGGUGGUGGUGAUGGUGAUGGGGAAGCUGAAGCAAGACAAUGGAUCCAUCAGAAGAACAAGAGAAAAUUGCCAGAUACCACCACAGAUCUCUCCUUUUCCUCUUCGUCAUCACCAACAUCAUCACCGUCGUCGUCACCGUCCUUUUCAACAAUGUCAUCUCUAACCCCGUCGACGUUUUCGCCGGAUUCUCCUUCAAGGCGACUUAGAACUAAUCCCAUUUGUGAUUUGUGA